UAAAUUAAAGUGUAAUCUUUUAACUACGCGUGUGAGUUAAAAGAUUUUAAUUUAGAUCACGCGUUUUCUUGUAAUAACCCGAAAUAAGUGGGCAAAUAGCAUAAGAGUACCCUUUGCUAGGUCCAGUUGCCAAUGUGAAUUUUGGAAGCCGCAUUAUUAAUAAACUAGUGCUCCAGAAAUUUAAACAUUAGUGCUAAAUUAAAGCUUAAUCCUUUGUAGGACAACGUUCAGUUUUAGAAGUACUCAUAGACAAAACAAUGCAGAGGAAGAGGAAGAACGGUUGAUGGCGCAGAGGGUCGAACGACGAAAAUGGCGCGAUGCCAUAAAUCCCUUCGAGUUGCCGCAAUCCUUGUAAGUUAAAAUUUUUCGCCCAGUACUACAAAGAGGUAUCGCUAAGCGAGGAAUCAAUUCAGUUUUUAUAAAAACUAAACAAAUUCAUGAUGGAUGAAUAAGUCAUUACCCCUUUAUUGCUCGAUUUUGGCGGUGCUCCAUACAUUUUUGAAUAAUUACAUAUGAAUUUUCUCAAUUACAUACAUACAUAGAUUUGAAAAGUAUUACCGACUUAACAAGUCGGAAUUUCAGUAUUUGUUGGACGUAUUGACAGCAAAUACGGAGGCACCAGAGAAGGCUUUGGCGAUAUCCCCCAUCGCAAAACUGAGCGGGUGUUUAAGAUUUUUGGCUGAAUGUGGGUACCAGACGGGUGUGGGUAAAGACUGCGACGUUUCGUAGGCGAAAUCUAGUUUCAGCAAAGUGUUGACGGAAGUGCUGACUGUUUUUGAGCGCCAUUUGUGCCCGCAGUGGAUAAAGGUGAGCGAAAGCUAGGAUGAAAACAGGAAUAUCGCCCGAGCCUUUUAUGUUAAACAUGGCAUUCCGGGAGUUGUUGAGUGUAUUGAUGGCACCCACGUAAGAAUAAUUGCUCCACCACAAAACGCACACCUUUACUACAACCGUAAAGGGAACUACAGCCUAAACGUUAUGCUUCUUUGCGACAAUGAAUUAAGGAUUCGCUACGUUUAUGCUUCCCAUCCUGGGGCGUGCAACGAUUCCUUCAUAUGGAACAACAGCGAAGUGCGGGUUUAUUUUGAGAGGCAAUAUUUGCAAGGAGCGAGGAGUGUCUGGCUUUUAGGGAACGCAGGGUAUCCUUUAGAGCCCUGGCUGUUGACACCUCAUAGAACUCCAGAAGAAGGCUCAAGGGAAAUGAGUAACAUCUGCCCCAACUAGCCGUGCAACAACUACAAUUUAUACUCAACAGUCAAGCACUUCAGGCAUUGUCUCAACAGUGCCAAUAACACGUUAUUUUUCGCAAUUCAGCAAUCAGGAACAGCCAACGUCCAGGAUAAGUACCGGAACUACCAUAUCAACAAUUGUUGCCACAAAAGUUACUGGCAACCUAACUACUCACGUACUCAUAAAUCGCUAUAAUAACACUAUAAUCGCUGGUAACACUGCACAACGCCUGCAGCAUGCUAAAAUUUUGAGUAAACUACCGACAAAUAUUGCAGCGACAGCCGUUAUCGCUGAUAAGUCUUAAAUUAAUAACCAUCUUCAUUGUCCUGCCAUACAAGCUGUGAAGCUGCAACAACAAUCACUGCGCCAAAACAUUUCGGCCUUGCAACAAAUUAGGCAACAAACACAACAUCAGCAAAAACAAUAUCAACAAAAGAUUCAACUAGUAAAGCCCAUCGUUUACAGCAGCAAUGCGGUGGCGACUGUUACGCAAGUUAGCGGUGUUCCCAGUUGAGUUCCUAACAGCAACAGCAUCACCAUAAACAAGAGUGGAACUAUGACAACUCCACAUCAACAACUUUAUCGAUGAAAAUGUUAGCAACAGUAGGCAAAAAAGCAACAGUUGCAGUUGCAAGCCCAGCAACAAAUGCAGCAACAACAAAGCUAAAACCAAAUUCAACAACGUCAACCUUAGCAGUAGGGACAAUCAGAGGAACAUAAACACGUAAUUGCCCACUCUCGUACUAUACUUGCCAUAUCUCUCCCUGCGACAACAGUCGCUGCCACGCCUGACGUAUUUUCGAAUUUUCGAAAUUCGUAACAAUGGCAUGCCUAAAAACGAACGAGUACGCUUUUUUGCGUAAUUUUGUA